AUGGAGUCAGAGAGCGAUCCAUCAACGAGUUCCCUCAUUGCGCUAUGCAUUCGCGACUUCCACAAACUGCUAGAUUCCAUCCCCAAUGAACAGAAUGAGAUCCGUCUGAAGGUCCAGGAUGAGAUGGGAAUGUUACGGGUGUGGGUUGGGAAUUUCGGUGCAUAUCGCAAACAUACAGACAGGUUGUCUUUGGACCACCGGCUUCGAGAGGCCCCAGAUUUACAUCGAGAGGUUCAAAACCAUAUCAGGGAUAUUACAGAAGCCAUCCAAGGAGCGAUCUCUUUUUUCUCGGAAAGUGAAGAGUCCUUGGAUUUUGACGAUGCAUCUGCUGGAUCCGAAAUGCACGAGUUGGACGCAGAUGAUUCGGAUUCGGAUGGGUUUUGGGACCAGCUCAAAGCAGAGAGUGGUGAGUAUUCGAAGCUGGACGAAUAUAUGCUCGAUAUCCAAUAUACAAUUACCAGCCUUUACAAAUUCUCCUUGACUCUUCAGAACCCAGCACAUCGGGAUCGCACAGCUCAAGCGUCGCGCAUUGAACUUGGUCAUUUUGAAUUCUAUGACAUUCAGCAUGUGUCAGACAAAUACAACAUUCCACGGGAUAGUACACUCGCUCAACGCCUGGGCAGAGCAAACACAAGACGCCGUCAACUUCUUGCAUACCACAAAGAUCACACCGAAAAGAUCUCCAGAUACGUUGAUGUGGCCGUGCAAAAGGCUAUUGAGGCUCCAAGGGCUUCAAUCAAGGACACAGGAACCCGAACCAUCUCGACGAAAUGGACACAGGAUACCACCGCUUCAACAAUCUACCAUCACGAUAACGAUGGGGGAUCUGACUCGGGACAAACAAAAUUCUCCGCAACGACCUCGACAACCGGUGACCAGGCAUAUGUCUUGAUGCCGCCACCUCCGCCAGCAGACGUGGUGGAUAUAGUCCAGAGUAAACCAUUUUUCUGCCCAUACUGUCGCCAGACAAUUCAGCUUGAGGAUAUGGAGGAAGACUGGAAAUAUCAUGUAUACAGCGACUUGCGGCCCUAUAUCUGUACAUUUGGAGACUGUGUCAAAGCCAACCAGCUCUACGACAGUUACACAGAAUGGAGUGAACAUGAACGACAAUUCCAUCGGCGAGAAUGGAUUUGUAAUUUAUGCUCAUUCACUUUCAAGUCCGAGGCUUUAUUCCGUAGUCAUCUUCGGGAUGCUCAUGCCGGGGUCCUUCCUGAAGAUCAACACCAGGCGAUGGUAAGUCUGUCUGAACGAUCUACAUCUUCUGCGCAGCAAUGUCCCCUUUGCACCAAACCCCCCAUUUCAAAUCCGAUUCGCUUUCAGCAGCACCUAGCUCGACAUCUUCAGCAACUGUCUCUUUUUGUUCUGCCCCGUCCCGGGUCAGAAGAAAAUGAACACGCAACCCGCGAUGGAGAGUCAAACGAGUCCCAAGAAGUUGUGGCUGGAAUGGACCGUCAUGUGUACAUGCUACUCGCUACAGUCGAUCUCGCGGUGACCCAUGAGAUGCUAAAAUUACUGCCCGAGGCUCGAGCUCUAGCAUCCCGAGCUCUACGUUUAAUGGAAGAGACCAUUGGCAAAGAUCACUCAGCCACCAUGUACGCCAUGGCCACUCUCAACCUCAUAAAUGAAUCGCAGAACAAGGCGGAUGCUGCGAAAGAGUUCGAGAAGACGGUUUCCGCCCAACCGAGAAAGAAAACUUGGGAAGGAUCAUCCUGA